AUGCACGUGCUGUCUCUCCUCGAACCGCGCUGGAUGCUGGCUGAGGCGCUCAUCAUCGUUACCGGCGGACUGCUAGCAGCAUGGUGCUGGCUGCAGGUAGAGUCGCCCGCGUGGCUCAUCGCCACCUGGGACUUGCCUCGAGCCGAGGGCGCGGUACUGCUGGCGGCCAAGACAAACGGCGUUGAUCUAACGAAGGCCCGGUCUACAUUUAUGCUGAUCAAAGAGCAGUUGCGCCAGCUGGGCAAGGUUUACGCCAUAGAGGCUCCGAUAGAGGGCAUCAUGGAGACGAUCAAAAUGCGUCGACGCGCAGCCUCCGCGCUCCUGGCCAGGCUCACGUUAGACGCCAUAUUCAUCGGCCUCAUGAUCAACGACGUGACCACAGGCGUUCCCUGGGAGGUGGCACAUGUCGUUUUGUCGACGGCCUACUUCGUCUCGAUCUGCAGCAGCAUGCGGAGAUACGGACUCCGGGAGACGCUGUCUGGUCUCAUGGUCAUCCUUAGUGCCUUCUCCAUUUUCGAGGCCAUAGCGAUCUUCACCGGUCAGCAGAUGGUGACCCAUAUUCUGCACGCGGGAAUGAAGGUGGCAGUCUCCGGCGCCAUGAGCGUCACGCUCUGCUACACGGCCGAGACCUUUCCGACGGCCGUGCGGAGCGCCGGCAUCAGCCUUUCGCACUUCUCCGGCGGCGUCGGCAACGUCGUGGCCUUCGCCGUCAUAGCCCUCGGCGAACCGCAUGUGUUCUACGCGCUGUCGGCCUUCAUGGUACUGCUCAGUAUCGCGGCGAUCCAAUGGCUCCCCGAAGUCUUGAUAGAGGGGCCGCAGCGACCAAGAUCGCCUAGCCAGCUGAGCGAGCGCGAACGAAAAGCGGUGCUGCUGGCGUCGCUGGACUCCCGCAGGAUGUCGAGCCGUACGCGCAGGGAGAGCACUCCAAAGGAGCAAUCCAAGCUGACAUAUUGA